AUGCAUUACGAAAAUCAAAUUAAUAAUGAUUAUCCCUCAAGACCUCUAUUACCUACAGAUGAAGAAACCUUAACGUCUAAAAUUUCAAAGAGCAAAGUCAAAGAACAUAACAACUCGACUGAACAGACACGAUUUGACUUAUCUAAUUUAACCCUUAACGAAAAAAAUGAGGGAAAUAAUCUCGAUAAAGAAAAUCCAGAUUUGUUAAUCAAUAAAAGAAGUGUAUCUAAUAGAAAUAUGAAUAGUUUAUUGAUGUCAUCGUACAGAAUAUAUGAUAUUCAAAAAGCAUUGACUGACACAGAUAAUUUUAUAGAAAUUUUUAAUCAAGACAAUAAAGUCAGUUUAGAAGAGCAAAGAAUGGAAAAAUAUGAACAAAAUAUAUCUCAGAUUGAUGCACAUAAAACUGUUCCUACUCAAUUAAACGAUAUAAUUACAGAGAUACCAAACAAUAACCAAACAGAAAUAGAUGAAGAUAAUUCUUCUCAAGACACCACAGAAGAUGGGAUGACAAUAAGCCCUGAUUUAAAGAAAAGACGCGAUGAAUGGGCUGAUAGAGGCGCAGCUAAAAUUGUUAAAGAUAUAAUUAAUCCAAAGACAGGAGAGAAAUCUAAAAAAAUAAUCAAAAAGGGUAUUAAAGAUUUCAAAUUUGGUGAUAUAAUAGGUGAUGGCGCAUAUUCUACUGUCAAAUUGGCUACUGCUAUUGACUCUGGCAAAAAGUAUGCUGUAAAAGUCUUAGAUAAAGCCUAUUUAAUCAAACAAAAGAAAGUGAAAUAUGUUAACAUAGAAAAAAAUGCAUUACAAAGAGUCAAUAAUUCACAUGCCGUGAUCAAGUUAUAUUUUACAUUUCAGGAUGAAUCAAGUCUAUAUUUCUUGUUAGAGUAUGCACCCAAUGGUGAUUUAUUAUCAUUACUGAAAAAAUAUGGCUCAUUGAAUGAAGAUGCAGUUCGCUAUUAUAGUGCACAAAUAAUUGACGCCAUCAAUUUUCUUCAUUCAAAAGGUAUUAUCCAUAGAGAUAUUAAACCAGAAAAUAUCCUAUUAGAUAGCGAAUGGAGAAUAAAAUUGACAGAUUUUGGUACUGCAAAGUUAUUAGAACGUAUAGGAUCAUCAAAGAGAUAUGACUUAUUAACAAGGUCCAAAUCCUUUGUUGGUACUGCAGAAUAUGUUUCACCUGAAUUAUUAAAUGAUAGUUAUGUGGAUUAUAGAUGUGAUAUAUGGGCAUUUGGCUGUAUUUUGUUUCAAAUGAUUGCAGGUAAGCCACCUUUCAAGGCAACAAAUGAAUAUCUCACAUUUCAAAAAGUUAUGAAAGUACAAUAUGCUUUUACUGCUGGAUUUCCAACAGUGAUCAGAGAUUUGGUGAAAAGGAUUUUAAUAAAACAUAUUGAUCAAAGACUCACUAUUCCUCAGAUUGAGAAGCAUCAUUUUUAUAAAAGUGUUAAUUUUAAAGAUGGUUCUGUCUGGAGUAACCCAGUUCCAAAAUUAUCAGCCUAUAAAGUAACAGCUAAAUCAAUGCAACGAAUCCCUGAGUUAAAGGGUCCAAUAAUGUAUAAACGACCACAAGGCUCGACUGCUAUGAGAAAAUCUACAAGUGCACUUCCAUCUACUUAUUCUUCACAAGAAAAUUCUAAAAACAGGUUUGCAUCAGCAUCAAAUAUACAUCUUACUAGCACAGCAGGUUGCUCUGUAGCAAACCCUCAAGAUACUAAUACACUACCAUCUAUGGGUAAUACGACUCCUUCUUCUUCCCAUAGGAACUCAAGUGAGUUUAUUCGAAAAAAAUCUUAUGAGAAAUCCCCUGCCAUAUCAAAGAAUGGUAUGAAAAAUGCUGGGGGGAAGCCUGUGCAUAGUAGUAAAAGAAUUAUUAGUAGUUCAUCAUACCGUAGUGUUGUAUCUUCAUCUAAUAAAAACUUAAAUGAUGAUAACUUAUCUUCUCAAGAGGAGUCAUCGUCAACGACUAUACCGAUACCGUCUACCAAAAAACAAUCAGUGAAUAAUCCAGUAUUAGUUUCUCCAUCUCCUCUUCUAAAAGUAGAAGAUACUAUGAAAAAAUGUGAGUUGACUAAGAACUUAAAACCAGGUUCUGUCAAACAAGUAUCUUGCAAGAAACAUACUAAUACUAUAAAUUCUCUAUCUCAGCAUCAAAAAAAGACUAAGGAUAACUCAUCCACAGUAUCAUUGCCUAAUCAUAAUAAUGAUUCAAAAUCAUAUGCAAUUAAAGAAGUAAAUAUUACUGAAAAGAUAACUUCUGUAAAAGUUUCACCAAAAGCUUCACCAAAAGUUUUUUCUCACCAUUCCAUGAAUAAACAUGAUAUUCAGUGGUCUAUUUUCUUAAGGAGUAUAGAAGAACAUAUACUACAAGUUCAAGAAGUAUAUUUGAAUAUUGUUGACACAACAACACUUGAUAGAAAAUUAAGCAAAUAUAAUAGAAAAUUAUCAGAACCAUCUGAGGUUAAUCAUGGUCGCCCAACACUACUAUCACAGGUUGUCAGAAAUGGGGGCAAUAUAACUGGUUUUAGAUACACGGACUCCCUACUAUCAGAAUCACAAUACUAUUCAAUCAGUAACAUCGAUGUUAGUACAUUAAUAGAUGAUUAUCGACAGCCAUUUGAAUUCUUAGCUCUAGUAAUGUCAGAUGAAAACACUGAUAAUAUACAUUUAGAAAAUUCGCUAACCCCUACAAGUUCAUCUAAUUUGACAUCAUCAGAAGAACCACAUAACAGUGCCUUUUCAGGAAAAUUUAAAAAGUUCUUUCAACAAGCUAAAAAUGCUACUCUUUUAGAAGCUAAUAUUUUCCACGAAAGAUUUCAUAAGCGUACUGUUAUAGUAACAAGUUUUGGCAGACUAUUGAUUUGUGUGAAAAAUCAGCAACAACUAAAGAAUAUUUCAAAUAAUUUUGAAUUGGUAUAUGAUAUUGAUUUAUGCCAAAUUGGUGUGGAAUUCAAAGAUAUUAUUAUGAAGAACCAACAAAAUAAUAUGUUUGUGAUCCAAACACCAUACAAAUCUUUUAUACUGUGCAACCUUAAUAAUACCCUAGAAUCUAAAAACACUGUAGCAAGCUUACAGGUGGAUAACUGGUUCAAGAUGAUUAAAAAAAGUAUAACUUUAGCAAAUGAAAAAAGGAUAAGAACUCAUUCUAAACACUCUCCUCAACAUAGCAUCAAUGAUGAAUCUAAUGGAAAAAUAAAAAAUAUAGUUAAAAGUCCCAACUUAGUGCAUAAAUCGAAGACACGAAAAAUAACAAGCCCUAAAAUUGUUACACAUGAAAAAAAAGUGUUUUCUGAGCAGAGUGGUGAGAAUAAACACUCAUUUUCCAGUUCAUUAAAAGCGGCUAAUACCGAUAAAGGUACAAGAAUGUUUGAAUCUUUCGUUAAUUCAAGAGAGAAACAACAUAGAAAACACAUUAUAUCACCAAUUCCUACAUCAUCUAAACUUGUUAGUGGAUUACCUAGCACAUCUGCUUCUGCAUUAUUAGGAUUAGGAUUGGGUUUGAGUUCAAAUGUACAUCAAGAAAGGCAAUCAACACACUCAAAUACAACUUCCGCCUCAACCGCAAAUUCCAACUUAAACCAAAACAAUUGA